AUGUCGAACGAAAUGAACAAAAAGAGCGAGCGACGUCACCGUCAGCACCGCCCGAUGAAGAAGACGAGUGACGAUCCGGUCACGUCGCCAGUGACCGUCGCGGCUACGACGGCUGGCUCGUCCCAGCCGAGCCCCGCGUCCCAGAGUGGCCUGGUCAGCCCCGACUUGGGAGCGCAGUCGCCCGUCGUCCGCAUGCCCUCGUUGGCAGAGAGCGCCAACACCGGGCAGCCGGCGACGUCUUCGGAAAGUGCCAAUCUCGGAGAACGGGCAUCGCCCAGCGGUCCCAGCGGCGGACACCCGUCUCAGGGAGAACAAGUGCCUGUGGCGGCGACGUCGACUUCAUCCGGCACCACCGCCGCGGUGCAAACACAGAAACCGAACGGCGAUGGUGAACAGCGCACCCAGCAGCGGCGGAAGCAGCAGUCCGAACACGGCUCGACGCAGGCGAAGAACCCUGCGAUGCAAAGCGGCGUCACUUCGGCGUCGUCCUCUGCGGUCGCUGCAGCCCGGUCGGGCUUCGGCCACGAACCCACCGAGCCAGCUUCGGCCAAAGAUUGCGACCGAGGCACUGGGCGAGCACUCACUGAUUACUCGCACACUGGCCAAACGCAUCGAUUCGAGCCGAGCAGAGGGACCGGCGUGCUGAAGACAACAACAGGAACUAUGGGCAAGGCGACCUCGACGCGUGAGACGACAGCCAGAGUUGUGGGCCGCGUGCAGCAGCCCAAAGGACACAGUGUGACGUCACUGCCCACGUCCCUACCGCCGGAGCCUACCGCUGCGCAAAGCCACCGCUGCGCAAUCGUGCUGGUCAGCUGCGGAGUGCCCGUUCUCCUCGGCUUCCUCAUCAUCCUCCUUUCGAGUUCGCAUCGGCACGCUGAGGGCCGAUCGUUGCAGUGCAUCACCGAGGACUGCCGCAGGCACGCCGAGCUGCUCACCAAGGAGAUCGACUUGACGCUGGACCCGUGCGAGGACUUUCAAGCGUACGUCUGCUCGGCGGUGGCUUCCACCUCCGAUCGCAGUGACAACUUCAAGACGGUCAUGGACGGACUGCGGCUCUCCUGGUACCACCAACUCAGGAACGUGCUAAGCGGCGGCUCGCUCAAGCUUCCCAUCGGGAGAAAGGCGCUCGCCAUGUACAGCUGGUGCCGGGACAAGUACCCGUCCGACGCGCCCGAUUUGCCACUUUUUCUCGACUUUCUCAGGGGCCAAGGAAUGAAUUGGCCCGAACCGCCACGCUCAUUCCAACCACCGCUCCAAUUCGUCAUCAAGCUUGCCUAUUUGUGGCAUGUCCCGUUUUGGAUGACAGUGAGUGUGCUCGAUGUGCCGGAUCAUACUUCUCCAAGCACAGACCCAAGGCGGCGCAUCCAGAUCCGGGCAAGCAGUAUGGUUCCCAUAUGGCUUCGCCACCACAGGGUCGCUAGUCGUGUCUACACCACGUAUUGGGAACGCUUUCUCUUCCACAUGUAUCCAGACAACAGUACGAGACCCGCCAUGAACGUGACUGCCGUAGAAGAGGUCCGUGAAAUGGAGGAGCACAUACUCGGAACGUUGAACUCGUUGGUCGAUUCCGCGUCGCCGAAACCGAAGGUGUUCUCCUUCGGCGAACUGUCGACCCACGUUCCCAAAGCCUCGGCUUUUGAAUGGCUUCGAAGCUUCCAGAAAUCCAUCCCUCUGCGACGGCAGCUCAGCUUCGAAGACGAAAUCGUCGUCAGCGACGACCUCUUUCUGCCGGCAGUCAGCGGGUUUUUCGAGAAGUACGACGAAGCGCAGCUUAACAUGCACCUGACGUGGCUUUUCGUGCAGUACUACGCUCCCGUGGCAGAUUACGACAUGCUCGUUGACCACUAUGGCAGCAAGCACAAGGCCGCGAUGUAUUUGCCCGUGUUCUGCGGCCACCACGUGGAAGACACGUUCAAGGUUCUUGUCGUUGCGCUCGACUUUGUCUAUCGGUUCACGGCACGAGACGUCAAGAUCGUCAACGACGGUUUUGACUACGUAGUUUCGGCGGCCACGGAAAGGGUCAGCGCUUCAGACUGGAUGGACGAUGAGAGUAAGGCGCGAUUGACCAAGAAGAUAUUAGCUGCGAAGAAGUCACUGUGGCCGCCCGACGCUCUUGUGAACGCUGAACUGUUGGAAAAGCUGUACCGUGGGUUCCCCGAGAAUACUACGAGUUUCGCGUAUCUAUGGGUGGCCACGAGAAUGGCUUCGACUGAAAUACUGACGAAUGGUGGAUACGAGGAAGUUAUAAAGAUGCCUUGGAACAGUCUGCCUGGCUACGUUGUCUACGAUUACGUUUCGAACACCUUGGAAUUGGCAACUGCUGCCAUCGCGGCACCCCUGUACUAUUCGAACGGAGCAAAGGCUAUGCUGUACGGCGGUCUGCUGUUCCUCAUGGCGACUCACUUAGUCCGUUCCUUCGACAGAGAAGGCUUGAGGUGGACACCCAACGGAACUGAGGUCGGCGGCAUCCUGUCCAAUGCGAGCCUUUUCGAAUAUCACGACAGGGAGCGAUGCCUGGACGGCGAUAUAGAGCACAGCCUCUUCCCCGAAGUGCCUGCUGUUGACAUUGCCUACACCGCCAUGAAGCAGUCCCAUGUCCGAGACGGUAGCGAGCCCCUGGGACUGCGCGUUGACCUCUCGGAAGACAAGGUGUUCUUCAUGACGCUCUGCUACACUUCGUGCGAGAUCGCCGGUAAGGAGAGCUCCCGCAAUUUCGACUGUAACAAGGUGGCAAGAAAUUCCAGACCUUUUGCAAAAGCUUUUCACUGUCCCGCGGGAUCUAAGAUGAAUCCUGAUAAGAAGUGCGGCUUUUUUUCCUGA